ACUUUUAUUUUAUUAGGCACAAGCGUUCAUAAGUAAAACUUUUUGGACGAAUUCUUGGUUUUACUUGGUUAUUAUAUUUUUCAUAAAAAAAUUAAAUUUCUUUAUAGAAGAUAUGGAGGUCGGCACUUGCAACACAUACGAAGAUGUGGAAGAUGGAGAGAUAUCAGAUAGCAGCGAUGAUUACACUCCUUUGCAAAGACCACAAUUAAAAAAGCCAUCUAUAAAAAUUGAAUCAAUGGCCACUGAAAUGACAUCCAUUAAUGAGGACACCGAAAGAGAGAGAGACAUGCGUGAUCCAGAUGACAGUGCCUCUGAGUUUGAUCAAAGCACAGAUUCAUCAUCUGAUUCUGAUGAUUGUAUGAAAACCACAAUAAAAGAUGAUAAUGAUAUCAAUAAAAACGUUAAAAAGGAGAAAAGAAAACGCACAGUUCUUAUACGAGUUAAACCAACUGAAGAACUUUUAAACAGAAAAUCCAAAUUUAAAAAAUAUGAUAUAUGGGCACAAAGUUUACAAGAGGAUUCCCUUAUGGAAAAUAUGAGAGGAAUCGAUGUAGCAAAAAAUAGAAGUGAUCGAAAUGUUGAAAAUUACGACUUCGCAUUAAAAUAUCGUUUAAAUGGAGAAAAUACUUUGAAAAGGCGUUUAUCAACCUCAGAUGAUAUGUCAGAAGGAAGCAAUAGCCGACAAUACUAUCAAAAUAGUAAACGAACUAAAUCAUCUGGAAGAAGAUCACGACAAGAAAAAAGACAGAAAAAAAAAUCGUCUCAAGAACGCAAAAAAAGCACAAGUAGCUGUGAUAGUAAUCAAAAUGCAGGUCGAGCAAUAUUUGACUUGAAUAUACAAGCAGAUAGUUCAAAUGAAGAAAUUGCUAGAGAAAUAGCAAAUAAAUUAUAUGAGGAAAAAGAUGAUCUUUUAUUAAGGGUAGUUCAAGUAUUAGGUAAAGAUUUACCAAUUCAAAUAUUCAAGGAAACUCAAAAAAUUGAAAAAGAAGGUGGACUAAUGAUUAUUAACGGCAAACGCCGAAGAACGCCUGGUGGAGUUUUUUUGUAUUUACUGAAGCAUAAUGGAUUAAUUUCUCCAGACGACAGAAGAGAAAUAUUUGUAGAAGAACGUAAAACGGCUAACCGUAAACACAAAUCGAUGCAAGCUAUCAAAAGAGAUAAAAAAGUAGAAGAAUUGAAAAAGCGUUUAAGUGAAAGGGAAAGGGAAUUUAAUUCUACAUCAAAAAAUAAGGAAGCUCCUUCACGAUCCCUUUUGAAGCCAGAAAGUAUUUCGUUAUCGAAUCCACCACCUUCACCUGUAACAAAUGGAUAUCAGGAAUUGAGUCCAGAAUAUAAACCUCCAACAAUAAUAAAUCAUGUAGUAGAUACACAUAUAGAAAAACUUCUAUUAGCUAAAAGUGCAGGCGAAAAUUUGGAAGAUAAUUUAACAACAUAUGAUGAUGAUUUCCUAGACAUGCAUUGCGAUGACAUGGAAUUGAUGUAGUUGAUUUGAAAUUUAGAAAAUGCGGUUCAAAAAAUUAUUUAAUGAUAAUAGGGAGAAUAUUUUUAAAAUUUUGAAUUAUUUUUAUUAUAUGAAAAAUAAAAGUGGAACUUAUAUUUUGAAA